AUGGCCGAGCUGGUUUUUGCCCCCCUGGUUGGAACACACCCCUCUGCAGCCAGCAGAGCCAUGCGGCGUUGGCUGUGGUUGGCUGCUGCCAUCGUCACCCAGACGAUGUCGUUCGCCCCAGGGGCGCUCGAGUUCUUGUUCGGCGCCGGGCCGGUCGCUCGGGAGGCUACCAACAUCGACGUACGUCCACCUCAGUCUGGUCGAGGAGUGUCUUCACUGCCCUCUGCUCAACCUGCAGCAGAUUCUCCACAGCCAGCCAAAAAGAAACGUCGGCACGCCAAAGCGAAAGACCUCGAGGGUGUCCUGAACGUGGCAUGCUGCCGUGGUUCGAGUGCUUCAAAGUUUGUCGACCUAAGGAACAGCGACUACCGACUCGAUCUCCUCACGGCAGAACGAAAGCGCUUCCUCGACCUGGGGCCUGACGAGCCAGCACGGAAGAACUUCGUCGCUCAGCGUGUCCCCAUCCAAGAACAGCACAAGAGCAAGCUGUACGCGGGUAAUCGGCUGGUAUGUGGAAAGUUUUUCAAGUCCGUCUUUCCAGCGUCAAACAACUUGAUCUGCGCUGCAAAGGGCACACCCGGGUCCAGGACAUCGGCUAACGUCAGCGUCGAAAGGGCGCCCCGUCGAGGACAACACUCGCCGAAGCGUGACGUCAUACUCGCUUUUGUGGAUUGGUACAGCGGAAUUUUCGGGCAGCGGAUGCCGAACAAGCCUUGGACCACGCUCUACACAGCCACGAAAGGCGUGAGUAAAUCCUGUUUUUUUACCGUCGUGUCACUGCUGGGUGUCGGCGGACGCAUUCCGAUAGCACCUCAGACGGCAGCUUGCGUGCCCGCCUUGUUGUGUGGAGGGAGCAACCUGGUGUGCACGGCGCUGUGGUUGGCCCUCAAACGACUGUCUGCAAUGUGGGCCAAGCCUGGCCAGAGGUUCUACAUCAAGCGUCUCCACCUUCAGCUCCAUAACUGCGUCGGCGAAAAGAAGAACAACAUCGUCCUGGCCUUCAUUGGCGGAUUGGUCGCCGCCGGGGUGGUCGUUUCUGCAGAGGUCUGCUUCCUGAUCGUUGGACACACGCUCAUCAAAAUCGACCACGUGUUUUCUCGGUUCUCCGUGGGUACCCUCGGUCGAAGCAUCUUCACGAGGAGUCAACUUGGUGAGCUAUUCCGGGAGUCGUACAAGGAACUUCCGGUACACGUAGGGACUCUGACCAACCUCGGCAACUUCAAGGGGCUCUACCUCGACGACAACAAGCUCAACCUUCGGAAGAUCCGGAACAUCACCACGUUUCGGGCCUUCCGAGUGGGGAAGGUAGCAGGGGAGGUUUCCGUGUGGGCCAAGCGCUUCAUGCACAGCGAUGCCUGGCUUGGUCUGACAGCGACCGGCGGGGCCCAGGUCGACGACAACCCACACCGUCUCUUCCGGUUCGCUGCGCCGACUUUCGACAACGUGCCUCCUUUCGAGCUCAAGACGGUCGACCCCACCGUGAUCGCCCUCAUCGAGAAGCGCUACAUCGCGACGCGGCCCCGCCUAGAGGCUGCUUACGCACUAGCUCCUGACGGUGUGGUCGACGCUCUAUUGGCUGAGCAGAGCGACUCGCUGAAGUUGUUGCGCUCCGGAGGAACGAUCAACAACUUCGACCUCCCAAUGGAAUGGCUCCACACGGCGAUCCCGCCAGCACCUUUGCCUCCCUCUGCGGGCGCGACCGCGGACGGAGUGGACAACACACACUCUCGGGCGAACAGGGUGUCAGAGCCCUCUAAGAGAAAGGCCUUAACCCCAGUGCGUCCAACGUCGCUAACACCACCCAGCGUUGGUGACAUCGCAUUUCUUCAAGGCGGAGGAAGCUCCGUUUGUGCUGGGGGAGGUGCUGAACAUAGCUGCAGACGCCUCGCCGGUGAACGUCAACAUCCACUGGUAUGGGCCUAUCAACAAUACCGUUAGGGCGGGAGCGGGCAGCGCGACUGUCGAGGACUAUGCCGUGGCGCGUUUCAGCAAGGAUUUCAUCCUAACGAGCGGCGCGAAGCGCAGAACGCCCGAUGCCAGCGACGAGCCUAUCACACGCAUUAUCGCAUGCUGCAGUUCGCUAACUUCAACGGGUAACAUCCCGGCGAGAAUUAAGAAAGUGCUGAUGGAGACUUGCCGGCCUGCACCUUCGUCGUCCUCGGAGAGCGAAGCAAGUGACUCGGACGACGACGGGUCUGGAAGCGGACUCUGAGGAAGACGAGUCCGAUGACGACGGCUAUGGUUCAGAGUAGUCCUGGCGCCUAGCAGGGACUAGAUUGAUGUCGAGACCGGGGCGUUCUGGGGAUCAAGAAGAUUUGUACUAGCGGUUUUGCGCCGUACGAUGGUCGACAUUUGUCAGCUUCGAGCUCUGUACCCAAAUCUUGUCGUAGGGGUUGUGGGUCUUUCCAUCAUAGUAACAUAACCUUCAAAGUGCCGUGUGCUCAGAUUAUUUUUUUUUGCUAGUGCGUCAGGGAAUCUAUCGAAAUUGACCGGAAAACACGCGUAAGAACUCGUAAGAAAUCUGUGUCUGCCCGGGGGGUAGGGGGGGUGGGGGUGUUGAACCAGGUGCGGUUUGGGGUCCUUGGCGGCGGAACUAUCGUGAUUUUCGGCGUUGCCGAUGGUGUUAGCUCGGGCGAAAGGGCGUGUGUUCGAUUUGGAAGACGCCCGAGGAUGUUUUUCGUUGGAGCGAAAGUAAAUUAUUUGGCACUUUUGGUGCGCCAACCUGCCCAAACAUUUUCUCAUUAAUUUUUUUUUUCUCAAUAAGUAUAAUCCACCGUUA